AUGGACGAGAAGAGUAAAGGAUCGUUGCGAGGGGUCGCUUUCGUCGCCGUCACUUUCUCGACGGUCGCAGUCACCGCUGUGCUCAUCGCCUUCCCACUGGUCUUCCAUUAUGUGCAGACUCUCCAGGCCUCCGUGCAAGGAGAAGUCGAGUACUGCAAAUCGCGAUCGCGAGACAUGUGGCGUGAGAUGGUCGAGGUUGCGCCAGAAGGACCAGAUGAUCCACUCGAUGUUCUACUGAGAGCAACCCGUCAGGCUGAUGCUCAGUGCUGCACUUGUCAGCAGGGACCGCCAGGACCCGAUGGAGAGCCUGGACAGCCGGGAAGAGACGGAGAGCCAGGACAGGGACCAGGAGAGCCAGGACCUCCAGGACCAGAUGCCGAGCUCCACGACCGUAUUCUGCCAGUUCCACCACAGUGCCCAUGCACUGCCGCUCCAGGACUAGGUGGACCACCAGGACCACCAGGACAAGACGGAAUCCCAGGAAACCCGGGACGCAACGGAGAAGAUGGAGCUUCAGGACCACAAGGACCGGCUGGGCCACCAGGACCACCAGGACAGCCAGGACAACCAGGUCAAAGAGGACCACCAGGAGAGCCAGGAGCACUUCUUCCAGGUGGAGAUGCUCCACCAGGCCCACCAGGACCACCAGGAAGACCAGGAGCUCCGGGACAGCCAGGAAAGGCUGGAACUCCUGGACAAGACGGAACCAACGGAGACGCUGGAGUUGCUGGAGAGCCAGGUAUACAGAGAUACGAGCUACUCUGACUCAAUUUGUUGUGAUUUAGGACAGCGUGGACCACCAGGACCACCAGGUCAGGCUGGAACUCCAGGAAGUCCAGGAGAUGCCGGGUCCCCAGGAUCUUGCGAGCACUGCCCACCAGCUCGUCUUGCCCCAGGAUAUUAA